GUCAUCCGUGAGACACUCCGUCUAUAUCCCAUCAUCCCGUUCAAUGUUCGCAUCGCCCUGCGGGACACCCAACUUCCGCGAGGUGGUGGAUCCGAUGGUCUCUCUCCCAUCGGCAUAUUGAAAGGCACCCGCGUGUUUUAUAGCCCACUGUAUAUGCAACGCCGCGAGAGCCUAUACCCCGAAGACUCGAAUCCUGAAGAGUUUCGCCCUGAGCGUUGGGAAACAUGGCAGCCCGCCUCGUGGGCAUACCUUCCAUUCAGUGGCGGCCCACGCAUGUGUAUCGGGCAGCAGUUCGCGCUCACAGAGAUUGCAUACCUGAUAGUCCGUCUGUUGCAAUGUUUCGAGCGCAUUGAGGGAUGUAUGGAAAGCUUGGAGCCGGUUUUGGAGACGAACAUCUCCUUGAGACCAGGGGGAGGUGUUCCCGUGAGACUGUGGAACGCACAGCUAGUGUCAAAGCAAACGGUUGACGGGGGCGUUUGCUAA